CAGAUGAACAAACGCUCGCACAUGAUUCCGAAACCCAUAGUUUUAUACGCAUAUGAGGGUUUGACAGAUGGCUGUAAGUGCAGAUAAAGAGUCUAAAACAAACCGUGAGGUCGUGUUGGGCUUCUUAGAGGAGGCAGAAUCAUGGCAGCUUCUUAGCAGCCAGUUUCCAAGUAAAGUCGGAGGGAGACCUGCGUGGCUGAGCCAAGUGGAUUUACUAACUGCGUCUGAGUUACAGUGUGAGAAGUGUAAACUUCCAACAGUGUUUCUUCUGCAGGUCUACGCACCAAUAACGGAAUAUGAUCGAUGUUUUCACAGAACACUUUUUGUGUUCUGCUGCAAGACACCAGCCUGCUAUACUCGAAAUGACAACAAAUGUUUUAAAGUGUUCAGAUGUCAGCUGCCAAGAAAAAAUGACUUUUACCCCUUUGAUCCUCCUUCUGAUGAGAAGCCAGAGCACCUAGUGAAUGAUCAUCAGGUUCUGAGCUCUGGACUCAAACUGUGCAGGCUGUGUGGUUGUCUGGGACAGAAAGCCUGCUCUCGAUGUCACUCAGUCACAUACUGCUGUAAAGAGCAUCAGACCAUAGACUGGAAGCACCGGCACAAGAAAGAAUGUUCAAAUGAGGCUUCUCAAAGCUCAGAUGAGCUCAAUUCGUUUCUGUUUCCUGAAUGGGAGCUGGUUACUGACCCGGAAGAGCUUCCAGCAAAAGAUGAGGAGCACCAUGAAUCCCACAGUCUGGAUCAGGAGAGCUUGGCAUUAAAUAAUGGUUUGGAGGACAGUGAACUAGAAAGUAUGGCCCUUCAUGAAACACAAGACUCUAAAGUGUUUCAGAAGUUCAAAAAGCGCAUUGCUAAUGAACCACAACAGGUUUUGCGGUAUUGCAAAGGCGGAUCUCCUCUUUGGGUGUCAGCAGAACAUGUGCCACGUGAGGAGGAUGUUCCUGAAUGUCCAUGUGGUGCAAAACGUCUGUUUGAAUUUCAGAUCAUGCCUCAGUUACUUAAUCACCUCAAAGUGGAUAGGACAGAUGCCAGCAUAGACUGGGGGACAGUGGCCAUCUACACUUGUGCUGACAGCUGCGAGCAAGGCGCUAAAUAUUCUGCGGAAUUCACCUGGAAACAAGACUUUUCAGGAGAUCAAGCUGUGUAGAAUUAGUCUGUUCAAAUAAACUAUUAUGCAUCAUAAAUCACAUUUAUAAUAUUAAAGAAAUGUCAACAACAAA